UGGAGAGAGCUUCUGAACAGACUGUUUCAGCUCGUAAUAUUAAGAACACUAACACUAGAAAUCUCCAGAACUCAGCGUUUUUAAUCAGAAACAAUCAGUAAAGAGCUGAGUGCUGCUGAACCUGUGGAUCUACCGUGUGGAGUAAGGGAGGAAAGUUCUCUGACUGUGAGCUGCCCAAACGCUCCUGUUUAGCCCUGGGGAACCUGAAGGUGGACGGAGAACUCUGCUUCAAACUGCGUCUAAAAUAUGGUGUAAGAACACCGGGAGAGAUUCGCCCGAUGAAGCUAAGAGCAUAGUCACAAGGUGCAAAAAACUAUACAUCCUGGAGCAGCUAGGAAAACUGAGGGAAACCCAUCCCCAGGUGCUGAUGGUCAGCGUGCUGGAUUUGGGCGGCAGGCAGACCACCCAGGAUGACCAAUGGACCCCACCACCCCCCGACGCACCAGCAGCGGCGGACCCAGCCUGCAGCCAGGGACAUCAACGUUCCUCCCAUCUGCAAGUGGGAUGCCUGGGACUUCUGGGGAAUUCCCGACUGAAAGCGGAAGUCCUGGGGAGGUCCAUAGACAUCCCACCCGACACUGAACUACCUGGAAUGUCCACAGAUAUCAAACCAGAGCCAGUGCUGGUGGAGACCACCCAGGACCUCACACCCAACUGCUCAAACACAGACUGCCAGCGGCUUCUGAGAGAAAAUCAGGAGCUCAAGGCACGUCUGGGUUUGGGGAAGGGAGAAUGCCCCAGGCAGGACUGCCAGCAUAAAAGCCAGGAGCUCUCCAGGAUAGCGCAGCUCUACAUGGCAAGCCCCCAGAAGAAGCUCCGAAAUAAAUUUUCCAGAAAGGAUGAUUUUGAAACUGAGCAUACCCCAAAAUAUGAACAAGUCCUACAAGACUUUUUUUGUCUUCUGUGUCGGGGCCAAUCCUUCAAGCAAAGUGAAAGACAACGGCAAUACCUGCCGGAGCCACGUCCGCAGGUUUCUUUUGUUUGCAGGAGAGGGCAAGCUCCUGAAGGGGGACUUUUCCUUUUUAGCCAACUCAACAAAGAUUGCAGAGUGGGUGGAGGUUCUGAAAACAGACCGAAUGAAACCCACGACCAUAAGAAUUAAUCUAGUAAACAUCUGCAAGUUCAUCAGUUUCCUAAACGACCUGCCUGCAACCCAAACAAAACUCAGCGGGAGGGACUUCCAAAGGAUCCAUGCACAGAUAAAGGCGCGUCUGAAGGAUUUACAGAAGGACGUCACUGUACAUAGUCAAAAG